GAACUUGUUGUUCUCAGACAGAGAAGAGAUAAAGUGUCGCUAAUCCUUCCUCAUGUGACUCAUAGUAAUAAUCACUUCAUAACCAAGAGAGACGUCUGUGUUGAAGCAGGUGAGGCAGAGGGGGAGAAGAAGAGCUGGUCAGUCCGCAGAACCUCCCCAACAUACUUCACCAUCCUCCGGGCCCGACAGGUGAUCCUGCAGACAGGCAGAGAACAACACAGGAGGAGAAGUUGGGUUUUUUUGGAGGGGAGAGCGUAAAGUCGUAUGAUGUCCGUUGUUGGCGCGCAGCCUUUCAUCAAACCAAUGCAGCCAACACCUUCUGUUUCGCCUGGCGUCCAAAGGAGACACACACUUCCCGCAAGCGAAGUCCGGCCGCUCAACACGCAGGAUGCGAUAAGCGUCUUUGAGAUCGAGCGAGAAGCAUUUAUCUCAGUGUCAGGUGAGUGUCCUCUCCACCUGGACGAGGUGCGUCAUUUCCUCACACUGUGUCCAGAACUGUCCAUGGGCUGGAUAGAGGAGGGCCGGCUAGUGGCUUUUAUCAUUGGCUCGCUCUGGGACCAGGACAGACUCACUGCAGACGCACUGACUCUCCACAAACCCCGCGGCUCCACCGUCCACAUCCACAUCCUCGCCGUCCAUCGCACCUUCAGGCAGCAGGGCAAAGGUAACAUUCUGCUGUGGCGUUACCUGCAGUAUCUCCGCUGCCUGCCCAACGUGCGCCGAGCAGUGCUCAUGUGCGAAGAAGUCCUCAUUCCUUUCUACCUCAAGUCAGGCUUCAAGGUGCUGGGGCGCUGCGCCAUCACCGUGGCCGACAUGACGUUCACUGAGAUGUGGUACCCCAUCAGCGGCCACGCGUACAUGCGGCGCAACAGCGAGGCCAUCCGUUUCCCCCAGCAUCUCUUGACUCCGCAUCCCUUGACUCUGCCACUGGAAAAGACUGAAGAACAGGCUGAUGUAUGACAUGGUGAUGUUUGUCACUUAGAUAUCUGCACAGGUUGUCUUUCAUUUAAGGUCCUACAUUAUUAUUAUUAUGCUCAUUUUCAGGUUUAUACUUGUAAUUUGGGUUUCUACUAGAACAUGCUUUAAUGUUU